AUGACCGAGUCAGGUAAACUUCCGAAUCUAGCGUCUGAUGCUGUGCUCAAACAAUCAAUACCUGUACCAGAAGAUUUUGAAGAAGUUAAAGGUAUAGAUUAUUCAAAAGAUAAUGCAUAUAAUAUGACUGCAAAAGAUUUAAUUUCAUCAAUGUCAACUAUGGGUUUUCAAGCAAGUUCAUUAUCACAAGCAUGUAAUAUAAUAGAUCAAAUGAGAAAAUGGAGAGGUAAAAAUAAAUCUGAAUUAGAAGAACAUGAACAUACUGGAGAAUUUGAUGAUGAAGGAUUUCAAAAAUCUACUAUAUUUUUGGGUUUUACAUCAAAUCUUAUAUCUAGUGGAUUAAGAGAUACUUUAAGAUAUCUUGUUCAACAUAAAAUGGUAAGUGCAAUUGUUGCAAGUGCAGGAGGAAUUGAAGAAGAUUUAAUAAAAGUUUUAGCACCAACUUAUAUGGGAGAUUUUGCAUUACCUGGAAAAAAUUUAAGAGAUCAAGGAAUGAAUAGAAUUGGAAAUUUAUUAGUACCAAAUGAUAAUUAUUGUAAAUUUGAAGAAUGGAUAGUACCUAUAUUAGAUAAAUGUUUAGAAGAACAACAAGAAGCUUUAAAAAAAGAAGGUAAUAAUGUAUUAGAUGCUGAUUCAUCAGCCAUAUGGACACCAUCUAAAUUAAUUGAUAGAUUAGGGAAAGAAAUAAAUGAUGAAAGUUCUGUAUUAUAUUGGGCUCAUAAAAAUAAGAUUCCAAUUUUUUGUCCAGCAUUAACUGAUGGUUCAAUUGGAGAUAUGUUAUUUUUUCAUACUUUUAAAGCAUCACCACAACAAUUAAGAUUAGAUAUAGUACAAGAUAUAAGGAAAAUUAAUUCAAUGUCAAUGGCUGCUUCAAAAGCAGGUAUGAUAAUCUUAGGUGGUGGAUUAAUAAAGCAUCAUAUAUGUAAUGCAUGUUUAAUGAGAAAUGGAGCUGAUUAUGCUGUAUAUAUUAAUACUGGUCAAGAAUUUGAUGGAUCAGAUGCUGGAGCAAGACCUGAUGAAGCUAUAAGUUGGGGUAAAAUUAAAGCAGAUGCUAAAUCUGUAAAAGUUUAUGCUGAUGUAAGUUUAGUAUUUCCAUUAAUUGUUGCAGCCACUUUUGCAAGUGAAAGGCCAACCAAGUAA